UUUGUUUUAUUCGUGUUAAUAAGUAAUAAUUUGUAUAUUAUAAAUUUGUAAGUGUAAUUUCUUUGAAUUUAACAAUGGGACCGAACAAUAUUGAAACUACCGAUGAUGAUACCACAGAUAUGCAAAUGGUCAUAUAUAACAUUACCUAUGAAGAACGUAAUCAUAUUUAUGAACCUCGGGAAGAUACUUUUACUUUGAUAAAUACUUUAGAACAAGACUUAAAAAGAAUCAGAUUAAUGAAUGUAGGCAUGAUUUUAGAAAUUGGUAGUGGUAGCGGUGUUGUUAUUGCUACAUUAGCUAAACAAUUAAAGAAAGAUAACAUUCCAUGUUAUUACUUAGCUACUGAUAUAAAUCCAGAAGCGUGUAAAUUUACGGAAAAAACUGGUCGUAGUAAUGUUGUUGAUAUUAAUGUUGUGCAAAUGGAUUUAUUGAAUAAUAUACGUUACAAUGAAAUGUUUGAUAUUAUUAUUUUCAAUCCGCCAUAUGUAGUAACCCCUACCGAAGAAACUACAUCUUCAGAAUUAAUUUAUAGAACAUGGGCUGGAGGACAAAAUGGUAGAGAAGUUAUGGAAAAAGCAUUUCCAUACAUUCCUAGAUUAUUAUCAAAUAUUGGAGUAUUUUAUUUACUUGUUAUCAAAGACAAUAAUCCAAAUUAUAUCAUAGAAUCUUUCAGACAUUUAGGUAUGACUGGUACCAUUGUUAAAAAACGAAAAAUUAUGGGUGAACGUUUGUAUGUAAUACGUUUUACCAAAGAUUCAAAUGUUCAAUAAUAAUUUAUAUAUAUAUUUAUAAUUAUAAACAAAUAUUUCUUUUUA